AAAAAGAAAACAUAAAAGGAGCUGCGACAAUGGCGAGGAGUGUUUGUGUUUGGUUUGUUUUGGCCGGAAUUUUAUGCUCUUUAUCGGCGAUAUCAGCCGACGAUAGCAUUGAAUCGGAAGAGAAAGAGUUCGUUUUGACUUUGGAUCACACCAACUUCACUGAAACUGUUAGUAAGCACAAUUUUAUGGUCGUCGAAUUUUACGCUCCUUGGUGCGGUCACUGUAAGCAUCUUGCUCCCGAGUAUGAGAAAGCAGCAUCCGUUUUGAGUAAACACGACCCUCCAGUCUUUCUAGCUAAAGUUGAUGCCGAUGAAGAAGCAAACAGAGAUUUAGUAAGUGAAUAUGAUGUCAGGGGUUACCCCACACUCAAAAUUUUGAGAAAUGGAGGGAAGAAAGUUCAGGAAUACAAAGGUCCACGUGAAGCCGAUGGUAUCGUGGAGUAUUUAAAGAAACAGAGCGGUCCUGCUUCUGCUGAAAUCAACUCUGCUGAAGAUGCCACUAAACAUAUUGAUGACAAGAAGAUUGUAGUUGUUGGGGUGUUCCCAAAAUUUUCUGGUGAAGAGUUUGAUACCUACAUGGCACUUGCUGAGAAGUUACGUUCUGAUUAUGAUUUUGGUCAUACUUUGGACGCAAAACACCUUCCCCGUGGUGACUCAUCGGUUGCUGGCCCUGUGGUCAGACUUUUCAAGCCUUUUGAUGAACUCUUUGUUGACUUUAAGGAUUUUAAACUGGAAGCACUAGAGAAGCUUGUUGAAGAUUCUAGCAUUCCUCUUGUCACUCUAUUUAACGGUGACGAAAGCAAUCAACCCUUUGUUGCCAAGUUUUACAACAGUCCCAACGUGAAGGCUAUGUUGUUUGCUAAUCUGAGCACUGAAGGUAUUGAUUCAUUGAAAUCAAAAUAUCGUGAAGUUGCGGAGCAAUACAAAGAACAGGGCAUUAGUUUCCUUUUGGGUGAUGUCGAGGUUAGCGGACCUGCGUUCCAGUAUUUUGGAAUUGAAGAAAGCCAAGUGCCUCUAAUAAUCAUUAUGGAUAAUGAUGGAAAGAAGUAUUUUAAACCCACUGUGAAGGCUGACGACAUUGCACCAUUUGUGAAGGAUUACAUGGAAGGGAAAGUUCCACCAUAUGUGAAGUCCGAACCUAUUCCCCAGGAGAAUAAUGAACCUGUGAAAGUGGUGGUUGCUGAAACCCUUCAAGACAUGGUUUUCAAAUCCGGGAAAAACGUUCUGGUUGAGUUUUAUGCCCCCUGGUGUGGACAUUGCCAAAAAUUGGCACCAAUCUUGGAUGAAGUAGCCGUCCAUUAUGAAAAAGAUGCCGAUGUUAUGAUUGCAAAAUUUGAUGCAACAGCAAAUGAUAUAUUGGAUGGGAGUUUCGAUGUGAAGGGUUUCCCAACUGUUUACUUCAGAUCAGUGAAUGGAAAUAUAACCCCAUAUGAGGGUGAUAGGACCAAAGAAGACAUCAUCGACUUCAUCGAAAAGAACAGGGACGGAACUCUCCAUCAAGAGUCUGUCAAAGAUGAGCUUUGAAAGAGGGAUUUGAACACGAGCAUGCCCCGCGGCAAGUGGUUUACAUGGAAGAACCACUAUGAAGUCGGCCUGAUCUUCCUCUCUCUCUCUCUCUCUAUAAUCCUGUAGUUCAGUGUAUCCCCUUUUCUUUGUUUAAUUUAAAAAUCUGUCGAUGAAUAAUGCAAGGAUUUGUAGCCUUAAUGCCAUGUUUAUGAGUUUAUGG